CCCGCCGCCAUGGAGCUGGACGGUGUCUCCGUGCACUCUUCCUCCUCCUCCUCGGGCUCCCUGGGCUCGGCGGCGGGGCCGGCGCCUCGCCCGCUCUCGACCAACGUGCGGCGGCUGCACCAGGCGCUGACGGCGCUGCUGAGCGAAGCGGAGCGGGAGCGCUUCAUCCUCUGCCUCAAUGCCUACCACGGCCGCCGCAACGUCUGCGACCUGGUGCGCUCCCUCCGAGCCCUCCUCGACGGGCCCCGCCGCCGGCAGCUCCUGCCGCUGCUCCGGCUCGUCCUGCCGCGCUCCGACCAGCUCCUCUUCGACCAGUACACGGCCGAGGGGCCCUACCUGCCGCCCCUCGUCCCGUCGCCGCCGGUGGUCCCCGGCGAGUUGCGCCAGGUCACCCUGCGGCGGAGCAAAGCCCACGAGGGUCUGGGCUUCAGCAUCCGCGGUGGAGCCGAGCACGGCGUCGGGAUCUACGUGUCCCUGGUGGAACCGGGCUCCUUGGCCGAGCGGGAGGGGCUGCGCGUCGGUGACCAGAUCCUGGGUGUCAACGGCAGGUCCCUGGACAGGGUGACCCACGCCGAGGCGGUCAAGGUGCUGAAGGGCUGCAAGAAGCUGAACCUGUCUGUGCACUCGGUGGGCCGCAUCCCGGGGGGGUACGUCACCAACCACAUCUACACGUGGGUGGACCCGCAGGGCCGCAGCGUGUCCCCGCCGGUGGGGCUGGCGCAGCACCAGCACAGCUCCCUGCGCAAGGACAGCGAGAAGAGGAGCCACCUCCAGCUCCUGCAGGAGGGGGAUGAGAAGAAGGUGAAUCUGGUCCUGAAUGAAGGGAAAUCCCUGGGGCUCAUGAUCCGAGGAGGGGCAGAGUAUUCCCUGGGCAUCUACAUCACUGGUGUGGAUAAAGGCUCUGAAGCAGAGAGCACUGGCUUAAAGGUUGGAGACCAGAUCCUGGAGGUGAAUGGGAGGAGCUUCCUCAGCAUCCCCCAUGACGAGGCCGUGAAGCUGCUCAAGUCUUCCCGGCACCUCAUCAUGACGGUGAAGGACAUCGGGAGGCUGCCCCAUGCCCGCACCACUGUGGAUGAGACAAGGUGGAUAGCGAGCUCCCAGGUGGGGGACACCCUCGUCACCUCAGCAGGGGCAGUGGGUGACCGUGCUGCGGAGGUGACAGCCAGGCCCGUGUUCUAUCGGGGCCUGGCCGGCUCGCAGGUGACACUGAGCACCAUGGUGAACCAGACCCGUGUCAUGCUGGAGGAGCAGGCACGGCACCUCCUCAACGAGCAGGAGCGGGCCACCAUGGGCUACUACCUCGAUGAGUACAAGGAAGGCAACAUCUCCGUGGAUGCGCUGGUCAUGGCGCUCUUCGAGCUACUCAACACACACGCUAAGUUCUCGCUGCUUUCGGACGUGCGCGGCGUCAUCUCCCCACAAGACCUCGACCGCUUCGACAACCUGGUGCUGAAGAGGGAGAUCGAGUGCAUGAAGGCGCGGCAGCCCUCGGGGCCCUCCCUGGCCACCGACUCCUACUCCAUGAUGUCCUACAGCGACACCGUCUCCUCCUCCAGCAGCCACUUCACUGCCACCACCGUCAGCUCAGCCCGGAACACGUCGGAGUUGGAGGGAGGUGGAGAUGGCCACCAGAGCAGCAUCAACACCCUGCCGGAUGUCUCCCUGGAUGACCUCUCCUCCUUCCCAGAUGAACCACCCAACUUCAAGCCUCCACCUCCUCCUUCAGCCCCGCAGAUGCUUCAGGCCCCCUCCUCUGACCAGCACAGGACCCAAGGGAAGGACAAGCCCAAGCGCCCUUCCUCUGAGUCCUCCCAGUCAGGCCUCUUCUUCAUGGCCCCCCGGCACCCCACGCCCCCCCCCAGUCACCCCGAGAAGGACACGGUCAGCAUCACCUCCACAGCCAGCGCAUCCACCGAGGAGUCAGCCCCAAGCCCCAUCUAUGCCACCAUCUCCCCAGCCCCGCACAGCGCCAGGAGGCAGAUGGAUGCUCAGCUCUCCUUGGUCAGCCAGCAUCACAUCGGGCCCUUCCCCAGGGUCCAGUCCCCAACCAGACUGAAGAGCCUAUCCCCGGAGGGGCCUGCAUCUGGUGGUCUUCAGAGCCCCCCUUCCCCAUCGCCUCCUCCUCCUCCAUCCCACCCGGCACCCCCUCCUCCGGACAAGGGCAGCCCCCAGGCUGUGGCCAACCAGCACUUCAUCAUGGUGGAGGUGCACCAGCCCAACAGCGAGCCUGACGUCAAUGAAGUGAGGCCCCUGCCGCAGGCCAGAGCCUCCACGCUGUCGCAGCUCUCGGACAGCGGGCAGACGCUGAGCGAGGACAGUGGGGUGGACAUCGGCGACGUGGAGCUGAGCAGCAGGGACAAGGGCCAGCAGCUCCUCUCUGGGAAGAGCCGAAGCCUUCAGGAGCGGAGCAGUGAUGGGGCAGCAGAAGGAGCCUCCAAGCCGCCAGGGCUGCUGGAGCCCACAUCGUGCCUGAUCCGUGUAUCCAAGAGUGCUCCGACCCUGGGCAUCGCCAGAGGGGGAGCGAACACGCGGCAGCCGCUGCCCCGCAUCGUCACCAUCCAGCGCGGGGGCUCAGCACACAACUGUGGGAAGCUGAAGGUGGGCCACGUCAUCCUGGAGGUGAACGGCACGGGGCUGCGGGGCAAGGAGCACCGGGAAGCCGCCCGCAUCAUCGCCGAGGCCUUUAAGCUGAAGGAAAAGGACUACAUUGAUUUCUUGGUCACAGAAUUCAACGUCGCCCUUUAGGGAUCCAGGCUUUGGGAUGGGGAGCAUCCCGAAUAGGAGCGGAAGGCAGCGCCGAGGCGGGAAAGCUGCAUUCCCACCCCGC